GGUCCAGCAUGGAAGAAAACAAACGAUUUGUCUGUCAUUCUUGUAAAUUUUCAAGCGCUUAUCAUUAUUAUGGAACGAAACCAAAUUUUGCAAAGAAUAUCAUUUUGAUGGAAGACUCAUAUUUGUGCAAGGAUCCAUUUAGUACUGAGGGAGGCUUUAUUACUCUUGGCUCACACUGUUCCAUGUGUCAGCUGUCUGUCUGCUGUUCUAUGGAAUGUAGCUUGUUUUAUACAAAGAGAUUUUGUAUAGAUUGUGUUAAAUCAAAGAUUGGAAAGUUUCCUCAAGAAAUUCAACAGGAAAUUUCACGUAAAACUUGACAGAAAUAAGAAUAUUUUCAACAUGGAUGUCAUAGUUUAAAGCCAUCACAGAACAUGUGACGGAGAGCUUUUUAUGUUCCAGCAAACAUCAACUAAGAUUCAAAGACAGUAGUUAGAUUAAUACAAAU